AUGGACCUCGAGCCAGAUUCGACGUCCAUCACCGUUGCGAGGGAGGUGACGGCAGCAAGCGACGAGGACCUGCCAUCACGAAGGGUGCGAAAACCAUCUGCGAAAGUCCGACUGAACCAGGUUCGCCAAGAGAUAACCGAAGAUGCGAUCGAGCGAGCGACCAAGACUGCUGGCAGUGGCCGGCGUGCGACCACUACUCGAGCCGCUACCUUGGCCAAGGAACGCGCGAAGCCUGUUGAGGAGGACGACAAAGGGUUGCCUUAA